AGAGAGAGAGAGAGAGAGAGAGUUACGUGGAUAACAAAACAAAGCAAAGAGAGUCGUCGGAGUUUCUCUGAAGCUCCGGACCCGAAUGCCCAAGCGCAAUUUAAAGCUUCAGCGAAAAUGGCGGACUAUCUUUAGGGUUUCGCGGAUCACUUUCUCUUUUCUUUUUCUGCCUGUCGCUAAUUUUACGCGAUGGCUUGCAAUUGAAGAAAUACAUUGCGGCUUUUGGCAUGGUGUGGUGCUAUCUGGUCACAUUGGGCUCUGCAUUGUGAGGAGGGAGAUGGAUUCGGCACGAAGUUGGCUUCAGAAGCUUCAACCGCGCGAUAAGCUGAGGAGCUCGACUAGGAAGAAGGAGCCUUGCAGUGGAGGCGAGGAGGAUUCGAAUACGGAUGAAGAAGCGCUUUCCAAUGUCACCAAGCAGAAGGCUGCUGCGGCCAAGCAGUAUAUUGAGAACCAUUACAAGGAGCAGAUGAAGAACCUCCAGGAGAGGAAGGAAAGGCGAAAUAUGUUAGAAAAAAAGUUGGCUGAUGCUGAUGUCUCUGAGGAAGAUCAAAACAACCUUCUUAAGUUCUUGGAGAAGAAAGAAACUGAAUACAUGCGCCUUCAGAGGCAUAAAAUGGGUGUUGAUGAUUUUGAGUUGUUGACUAUGAUUGGCAAGGGUGCAUUUGGUGAGGUUCGUGUCUGCAGGGAAAAGACAACAGGUUCUGUUUAUGCCAUGAAAAAGCUCAAGAAAUCAGAGAUGCUUCGUAGAGGCCAGGUUGAGCAUGUCAAAGCUGAAAGGAAUUUGCUUGCUGAGGUGGACAGCAAUUGCAUUGUGAAGCUGUACUGUUCUUUUCAAGAUGAUGAGUUUCUUUAUCUUAUAAUGGAAUACUUACCUGGAGGAGAUAUGAUGACUUUGCUUAUGAGAAAGGAUAUUUUGACUGAAGAUGAAGCUAGAUUUUAUGUUGCCGAAACAGUUUUGGCUAUUGAGUCUAUCCAUAAACACAAUUACAUUCACAGGGAUAUCAAGCCUGACAAUUUACUACUUGAUAGAUAUGGACACUUAAGACUGUCAGAUUUUGGGUUGUGUAAACCUUUAGACUGCAGUACAAUCCGAGAAGACUUUUCAAUAGCACCAAAUGUUAAUGGUGGUCCACAGAAUGAUGAACGCCCUGCAGCUCCAAAACGAACACAACAAGAGCAACUGCAACAUUGGCAGAAGAAUAGGAGAAUGCUUGCUUAUUCCACUGUUGGUACACCUGACUAUAUUGCUCCAGAAGUUCUUUUGAAAAAAGGUUAUGGGAUGGAAUGCGAUUGGUGGUCACUUGGUGCCAUUAUGUAUGAAAUGCUUGUGGGUUACCCACCCUUCUAUUCUGAUGAUCCGAUGUCAACAUGCAGGAAGAUUGUAAACUGGAGAACUCAUUUGAAGUUUCCAGAAGAAGCAAAGCUAUCUCCAGAGGCAAAAGAUCUUAUCAGUAAACUCUUGUGUAAUGUUAACCAAAGGUUGGGAACAAAUGGGGCAGAUGAAAUAAAGGUUCAUCCUUGGUUCGAUGGUACUGAAUGGGAUAAGCUUUAUCAAAUGGAUGCUGCAUUUAUUCCUGAGGUCAAUGAUGAUUUGGAUACUCAAAAUUUUGAAAAGUUCGAAGAGUCUGACUCCCAAACUCAGAGUUCAUCCAAAACUGGUCCCUGGAGAAAGAUGCUCUCCUCUAAGGACAUUAAUUUUGUGGGCUACACAUAUAAAAACUUCGAAAUCGUUAACGAUUAUCAAGUGCCUGGGAUGGCCUCGUUGAAGAAGAAAAGCACCAAACCAAAGAGACCGUCUGUAAAAACACUAUUUGAUGAAGAGUCAGAGACAUCGGAGACAUCAGAGAUAUCUGACAGCGGAAGCAGUCAUCCUGUGCAAGGGAGCUUUUUGAACCUCUUGCCUCCCCAGUUAGAAGUAUCUCAACACCGGGACGACUCUCUCUGACCUUGCCAAUCCGUCAGAUGGACUAGGAGCUUGUUCCCAAUUGUAUUUUGAAUUUGAAGCCGAAAGUAGGGGCAAGUUCUACCCAUGGGUCCUUAACAGAUGCUGCCUUUUGCGCCUGUAUUUUUUUCGUUGGCUAUUUAGGCUGGAGCUUUGAGGUUUGAUUGAAAAGCAAACUCAUGCUCUAAGGCCUGAAGAAAGGCACUGAUUUUGAAGCCACUAAUUCUCACUGAGCGUCCUGUAAGUUUUUCUGUCUUGAAAGAUAAAGAAAAACUCCAGAGUAAAUAUCAAUUCAUUUACCACUAACGCUGUAAUGUAAUUUUCUUCUUCUUCUUUGUUGUCAUUCUACCAAAAUACUGUACAGAAGACGCUCAAAUUCAUUCACUGUAUACAUGUGCCAUUCACUGUAUUAAAUAAUGACAGCAAAAAUACAAUUUGUUCA